AAUAUAGCACUUGAGGUCCCGUAGCUCAGUUGGUUAGAGCGUUGGUCUUAUGAGCCGAAGGUCGCGGGUUCGAGCCCCGCCGGGACCAUUUUUCUUUUUUUUGUUGUGUUUAUGUACAUCUUUGGUAUAUGUUUUCUGUUCGUGUGGUAUUAUUGUGUGUUGCUGUUGACGGUUGAUCUUCCAAGAGAUGAAACAGCGUCUUCAAACUUUAGUUGGGUUGUCAAUUUGAGUUGAUGGAUGUACCAGUAACUUACUGCUAAUCCCAUCCCAUUCUCACCUAAGCCACACCAUGUUUUCCUCCUCCUCUGCUAUCUCCUCCUCCAUUCUUUGUUUCCCAGUUCUCUUUUUUCUUCUUUUGCUUCUGGUGGGAUUCUUGUUAACUUCUUAAUUUUUGGGUAGUUUUUCACUUCAGUUUUGUGCAUUCAUGUAAUCUUUCUUUUUUAUCACUCUGUUGAAAAUGGGUUCAAUUUCAAUCUGCUUCUGAUGGGGAUUUUCUAUGGCAGGUUUUAUUUGGUGUGUUGUGCUUAUUUGAUUGUCAGAUCGAAGUAGCAAAUGGGUUCAGCAAACUGCUUUAGAUCACUAAUUGGCUUAAAGAAACCUAAGACUGCUACAUCUAAGCCGACUAAGGUAAAUUCAACCAGCGAGAAAUCAAAUGAAGCAAAUUCUAGUGGCUCGAAUAAUCUUGCCAUUGUUGGUUCCCACGACGAUACUCGUGCUCCACCAGUGUCGGUUGAAGCACGAGCUGCUGUUCGAAUCCAAAAUGCUUUUCGGGCAUUCUUGGCAAGGAAACAGUGUUGCAGAAGAAAGGGAGCAGUGAGGUUUAACAUUUUGGUUCAAGGCAAUACUGUUAAAAAGCAGACAUCAACCGCCCUCGGCCAUAUACAUUCUUGGUGCAAUAUACAGUCCCAGAUCAGAGCACGUCGCCUGUGUAUGGUUACACAGGGCAGGAUUAAGCAAAAGAAGUUGGAAAAUCAAGUGAAACUUGACACUAAGCUUCAUGAAUUGGAGGUGGAGUGGUGCGGAGGCUCUGAAACCAUGGACGAAAUCCUUGCCAGGAUACAGCAAAGAGAAGAAGCGGCUGUCAAGCGUGAGCGAGCAAUGGCUUAUGCCUUCUCUCAUCAGUGGAGAGCCAACCCAACACAGUAUCUCGGCCAGGCUUCCUACAGCCUCGGCAAAGAAAACUGGGGUUGGAGCUGGACGGAGCGAUGGGUGGCUGCUCGCCCAUGGGAGGUGAGGGUCCAUGCUCAACUGCCCAAAUCAAAGAAAGGCUAUUUAGGGGAGACCAGCAUGGCAGACAAACUCGUUAAGCACCCAGACAUGAAGGUUUUUGCUUCAGUUAAACCUGCUUUGUCAAAUGGAAAGGAAACUACAAAGGCUAAAAAGGGUACUCCAUCAAAUCCAUAGCUUGUUGGUUUUUGAUCAAGUGACAUGAGCUCGUGAUCCGGCCAUCUUUUUUCCUGCUUUUUUGUGUGCUAGUUUUGUCGAUUUCGGAAUUGGUGUGAAUUUCAAAGGCGUACAAUGUGGAUAAUAUAAGAGAGAGAGAGAGAGAGAGAGUUAAUUGUCUGGAUUGAUCUGACAAGAACAGGUACAUACAACCUUUCUUUUUUUCGUGAUGCAAGAUAAGGUAGUACUUUUGCUAAAAUUUCUGUGCAUGUCAUGAGGUCUCAUGAUUUUUUUUUUUUUUUUUUCUUAAAAAGAAAGUAGAAUCCCAGAAUUUCGAUUCUUGGAUCAAUAGUUUUAGAAUUUCCCCCUUCAUCAAAGAGUCCAAAUGCUGUACUUUCCAUCAAUCAAAAGUAGUUCUUGAGAAUUUACCCCCUUCCAAAAGAAAGUUACUGUUAAAAACUCCAAAUGCUGUACUUUCCAUCAAUCAAAAUUGGCUCUCAAGAAUUUACCCCCCACCCAAAAGAAAGUUCUUCUCAAGAGGAUGCAAUUGGAAAAACAGUAAAAUCUCUUUUUGAAAAAAUAAAAAAGAAAUUUCUAUCUUUUCACUCAUCUGCAGACAAUAAUGGAAAUACACUCAAUAUACAUAUAAUGCUCCAGCUCAUAUGUCCAUUAUGCAUUAAUUAUCAUCCAAUUAUUCAUUAUUCUGUUGCAAGGUAGGUAAAAGGCCAAGUGGCCAAGCCAACUACACCUCCUCGACAAAGAUAAUCAGUGAUCUCAUAUGAUCUACAACCCGCCAAAAAUCUCAUUAUUCAGGGAACUUUAUUUCCCUCGUGAAAGUCUCUCUAGAUACUUAUUAAUGGAUUUAUUCACCAAUCAAAUCCAUCACAUACGCAUUGUUUCAUCAGAAAAUCGGAUAAUAGGAUAUGGUGGGCAACUAAACCAGAGCCAAUUUAUUGUGGUUGCAGUCGAGAACUCAUUUCAUUCAAAAAUUUCAGCAAUAUCAUGCAGAUGUUUUUGGAUUGGAGUACACUUGAACCAACUAUAAAGAAGUACCAACAACCACAGAACAAAUUGUCACUAUCUCAAUAUAAGCCAAGAGUUCCUCUUUUAUCUCUCUCAAAUUUUUUAUAACCUACUGGGGAAAUAAAACUUUCCAGCUAAGCUCAAAGAGAUUUUUAUUAGGCACUGGGAUUUAACAGGGAGUAGGGUAGGUAGGGGACCAUUUACAGGAUGGCCAAGUACCAUAGCUUUUGGUGGUAUCUAUCUAUGUAUUCUUCUUCCAAUAGGUGAGUUUUUGCUUGUAAUUGUGCUCGUCCAAUUCCCCUUUCAUGGUUCCCCCUGCAAAUGUCAACCACUUUGACUUAGUUGUUCUGACCUGCUAAAUUUACCUUUACAUAUUUGAUUGUAGACCAAGAACUUAUAGAUUCCGCCCCCCCUACCCAACACAAAAUCCGAUCUUAAUGCUAAAGUUGGCUUCAGGACAUGUUAACUUAAAUCCAUCACCUCUAUGCAUCACACUUGUAAACAUUUAAGGUCUAAAAUAGCACAAACCUAUAGAUUUCACGAGAGAAUUCUCACUCACCUACUUUUGGCAGUUGAUGUCUCUAAGAUGAUGAUAUUCUGAUUAAAGCCUUCAGUGAGAGUAAAGCUUUCAACUUUCUUCAAGAAGGCCAAAAGGGUUUCCAGGAUUUAUUUAUUCUUCUUGUUCAUCUUUUUUGACUUUUCGUGGUUCUUUCAUAAUUAAGUUUGGUAAACUCAUUACUGAAUAGUAAAACAGAGGAAUAUAGGUCAAGAUGAAACUCCAAGAACAAGAUUCUCUACUCUAGAUAAGAAAUAUUUCAUUAUUUAACAGCGAAAACGGACAUUGGGUUGAGAAAACCAGCUACCAUUUUCUCUCCCUGUCCUAAUAAAUCCUACGGAUCAUGGAAAAUGACUUCUCCCUGUGUGUCCCCAAAUGGGCGAGCAACGACAGAGAUGUAAAAGACUCAUCCUUUCAAUUCUUUUUGCAGGUUUAAGGAAGUUUUUGUGGAGGCAUGGAAAAGCAGUAAAGCAACAAAAAACAAUCAACAAGAUAUACCUCUCUUUUAUCUACACCAAGAACAUGGACCCUUUUAGAAUUUGGACUGACGAUAAGACCCUAAUUAGCUUCUCCCAUUUUAUUCAGAUCAAAAGCAUAUAGGAUUUAGAUGAGGGAAAAUGCUACUAGUUUUCUAUAUUU